AUGGACUCCACUACGAAACAAUCACUCCUCCUCCUCCAGGCUGAGCCGUCAGAUGCUCUCGAGAUUCUAGAAAUGCACAUCGCUGCAUUCACCGACCCUUAUGAACAGGGUUUCUUUUUACAGUUUCCAAAAGAAGAGGAGAGAGAUAAGGGGGUGAAGAGAAUGGUUGAUUGGUGGCUGGGUGAUCCAACGGCCACAUACAUGAAAGUCAUUGACUCUAAGACUGGAAAAAUCAUUAGCGCGGCAAAAUGGCAUAUCCGCAAAGAGCCACCCACCGAGGUACAGAAGAGCCAGAAGUUGCACUUUGAUUGGCUCCCUAAUGAAGACUUGAAUGAUUGGGGUGAAGAGGUUUAUCACUCUCUAUCUCAAGGACAAUUAGCAAGAUCAAAAGAUGGUUGCUGCAUCAUUGACAUGCUCUCAACACAUCCAGAACACCAACGCCGAGGUGCUGGCUCGAUGCUAGUGAAAUGGGGAACUGAUAUUGCAGACAAUCUGGGGUUGAAAGCGUUUGUUCAGGCGAGCCGCCUUGGGAAACAUUUGUAUGAGAGUCAUGGGUUUGUAGACAAGGAGGGCUGGAUUACGGUUCCUGUGUCAGAGAAACAUAGGAACAAACCUGAGGUUGCGUGGUUCAAUCUUGAAAGGCCGGCAAAAGCUUCAAUUAUCCCAGAGGCCAAAGACGUGGUAUGA